AGACAGCUCUCUGCCUCCCUCCCUGCUCCAUUUCUGCUUCUGAAGCCUGUGCCCAGUUUUUGGCCACCGCUGUGGUCUUUGGGCACCCGCUACAGUACAACAGGAUGGCUGAGAAGCAGGAACAACCUCCAGUAGCCCAGAAUGGUGAAAAGGCUGAAAAGGCUGAAACGGCUGAAAAGGCUGAAAAUGCAGAGGAAUCCGCGGAGGCAGAAAAGCCAAAGGAACUGGAGGAAUUGCCACCCUUUGAAAUUGUCACAGGAGAACGGCUUCCAGCCUGCUUUUUCAAUUUCCAGUUCAAGAAUGUCGAAUACAGUUCAGGAAGAAACAAGACCUUCUUGUGCUACAUCAUAGAGAUCCAGGAUAAGGAGUCCAAAAUCAUACGGGGCUACCUGGAAGAUGAACAUGCAGCAGCCCAUGCAGAAGAUGCCUUCUUCAACACUAUCUUGCCCAAGUGUGAGUCUGGCUUGCGCUACAAUGUCACCUGGUACGUCAGUUGUAGUCCCUGUGUAGGAUGUGCUGAUCGGAUAACUAAAGCACUUCAGAAGAACAAGAACCUACAUCUCUCCAUUUCAGUAGGUCGUCUAUUCAUGUGGGAGGAACCUGACAUACAAGCUGCCUUGAAGAAAAUGAAAACAGCUGGUUGUAAAUUGAGGAUCAUGAAACCUCAAGAUUUUGAGUAUGUCUGGCAAAACUUUGUAGAGCAGGAGGAAGAAGAAGCAAAGGCAUUCACACCCUGGGAAGACAUUCAAGAGAACUUCCAAUUUUAUGAAGAAAAGCUUGCUGAACUUUUGCACUGAGGAAAAAAAUGUGCCAACCCAAUGGAGCAACAAGCAUGAUAUACUCUGAUAUUUGGGACUCUCAACUCAGUUUUCCAGAGCUGCUUUGAAACAGGAAACACCAGAUGUCUCCAGCUGACACACUGCUAAGCUGAUAGACUAAAAAUAAAUUUAUUAUGAUGCAUGUAGGGAUUUGAUUUUUUUUAAAAUAGAUAAACCUGCAGUGCUAUUGUUCAUAUAGAAGAAAAAAACAUUAUGAAUGACAAAGAACAGAAUCAAAGCAAAAUUCUAUCAUUUUUAAGUUUAGAAAAGUCCCAUCCCAAGAAACUUCAAAAAUUAAAUUUAAUAAUUGUGUAUUUUUAAUAUUUUUAAAAACUAAUUAAUAUGCAGUGAAUAGUGAGAGAAAUCAAAGGGAAAUGUAAUAGGGAGAGAAAUUACUAAUUAUUUUAUUGGCAGUGACCAUUCACAAAGCAUUGGUUGAGGGAGGUAGAAAUAUUUUUGCACUUCUGAACUGAUUAGCAUAUUUUUUUUUAAAAAAAUGGUUUCUGUUAAUGAUAAAUAUUUUCCUGC